ACUUAAAUCAGACAUAUCACACACAAAACCUUUUAAUUUUAAGCAACAAUGGCCACUUUCAGGUUAACAAACUUUCUGUUCUCCACAUUUCUUCUACUUUGUUGGCUUUCUUGGUCAGCUUCAGGAAGCACUUCAGCCCCUGAAGACUUCAUUCCAUGCCUUCUAAACAACUCUGAUCCCUCCCACCCAAUUUCCUCAGCGAUCUAUACUCCCAACAACUCUUCAUUCUCAUCUGUUCUCCAAGCUUACAUCCGAAACAGCCGAUUCAACACUUCCACAACCCGAAAGCCUUUUCUCAUCCUCACCGCCUUGCAUGUCUCGCACAUACAAGCCUCAAUACUAUGCGCCCGCCGGCACAACCUGCAGAUGAAGAUAAGAAGCGGAGGCCACGACUACGAGGGCGUUUCCUACGUUGCCGAAGUCCCGUUCUUCAUCCUCGACAUGCUCAAUCUUCGAGCAAUCGAAAUCGAUAUCGAGAAAGAGACCGCGUGGAUUCAGACUGGUGCAACUCUUGGUGAAGUCUACUAUCGAAUCGCGGAGAAGAGCAAAGUCCACGGCUACCCCGCCGGUGUUUGUCCAACCGUCGGCGUAGGAGGACAUAUAAGUGGAGCUGGCUAUGGAAACAUGAUGAGAAAAUAUGGUCUCACUGUUGACAACAUAGACGACGCUUUGAUAGUUGAUGUUAAUGGUCAACUUCUUGACAGAAAAGCCAUGGGGGAAGAUUUGUUUUGGGCCAUAAGUGGAGGUGGAGGAUCCAGUUUCUGUGUCGUUUUGUCGUACAAGAUUAAACUUGUCCGUGUCCCAGAGAAAGUCACCGUUUUCAGGGUUACAAGAACCUUGGAACAAAACGCGUCGUAUAUCGGAUCUCGUUGGCAGCAAGUUGCUGAUAAGUUAGACAGAGACCUCUUCAUAAGGUUUAUCAUGGAUGUUGUGAACGACACACAAACCGGAAAGAAGACGGGAAGGGCGACGUUUUCAGCCUUGUUCCUAGGAGACGCCGAAAGGCUUUUCUCAGUGAUGAACACGAGUUUCCCAGAACUGGACUUGAAAAGAUCGGAGGUUAACGAAACGAGCUGGAUUCAAUCUGUUCUGUUCUGGACGAACUAUGCUAUUGGGACUUCGGAGGAUGUUUUACUGUCUCGAACGCCGCAGGUAAACAGCUUGAAGCGGAAAUCUGACUACGUGAAGAAGCCGAUUUCGAAGGAGGGUUUGGAGUGGAUUUGGGAUAGAAUGGCCACGUUAGAAGCUCCAUUGACGUUGACUUUUAAUCCUUACGGCGGAAGAAUGGCUGAGAUUGCGUCGACCGCUUCGCCGUUUCCUCACCGGAAGGGGAACCUGGCGAAGAUCCAGUACGCGGUGAACUGGAAUGAGCAAGGAACUGAGGCUGCAAAUUACUACAUUGGUUUGACGAGGAAGCUUCACGAGUACAUGACCCCUUUUGUGUCGAAGAAUCCGAGAGAGGCAUUUUACAACUACAAGGAUCUAGAUUUGGGAAUCAACCAUAAUGGAAGAGAAAGCUACUACGAAGGAAGGGCUUAUGGGAUUAAAUACUUUUUGGGCAAUUUCAACAGGUUGGUCGAGAUUAAGACGCGAGUUGAUCCUCAAAAUUUCUUUAGGAAUGAACAAAGCAUUCCCACUCUCCCACCUAAUUAGUGAUUUGGUUUAAUUAUUUAGCCAAUAAUUAUGUCGCGGUGUUAAUACCCUAUUUUUAAUUGGCCAAGCAUUCGUGAACCUAUAAGCAUUUCUGAUGAUAUCACAGUUGCUGGACAAAAUUAAAUAGCGUCUUAACGCACUUAGACUAUUUAGUAUAUAUAUAUAUAUAUAUAUAGCUUUUAUUUAUUUGUAUACAAUACUUUCUCCCCUGGAAGGAUAGCCUAGUAGGGGAAAAAGUAUUGUAAAUAUAGUAAGUUUUCGUUGUUAACGAAUUCAUAUAUAGAUAUAGAUACAUAUACGUGUCGUAAUGAAUAUUAAAUAAAAUUUGUUAUAUUUGAAUUACAGUCGCCUUGCGG